ACUAUUCCCUUUAUAUUUUCUCACAAACCAAACAGAAAACUAAAAAAAAUGCACUUCUCAAGCACCCCUCCUUCUUUCUCUCUCAACGCCUUCUGUCUCAUCUGCAGAUUCUUCGAUACUUUCCACAAUUUCUAACUCUUCCGCUUGUCCACUACUCCAUAACACUCUCGCCGGCACUCUCUUUUAUACCCUACCAUCCAUUUCUAGAGUUUAGAUAUGUAUAAUAUUUGUAUAUAUAUAUCUCAACGUUGUGUAAUCUAUUGAAUUGAGUCUUGUGCUCUCAAAAGUCAUGGAUGAAGAAGCACCGUUGGUAGUUGAACCCUCGCAAAGUCAAACCCUAAAGGAGAACCAUCCAAGAGAUGUCCAUCUUCUGAGCUGGGCGUUCUUGUUGAUUUUCUUGGCCUACGGUGCUGCUCAGAAUUUGGAGAGUACCGUCAAUACUGAGGAUGAUUUGGGGACGAUUUCACUUGGGAUAUUGUAUACUUCUUUUACGUUUUUUUCAUUGGUUGCUUCACUAGUGGUUCGUGUGCUGGGGUCCAAGAAUGCUCUGAUUCUUGGGACUACUGGGUAUUGGUUGUUCAUAGCUGCAAAUUUGAAGCCAUCCUGGUAUACCAUGGUGCCAGCUUCCUUGUAUCUUGGGUUUGCUGCUUCAAUAAUAUGGGUUGGACAGGGGACAUAUCUUACUUCAACGGCACGCAGUCAUGCAAAUGAUUGCAACUUGCAUGAAGGUACUGUAAUUGGUAAAUUCAAUGGAGAAUUUUGGGGAAUGUUUGCCAGUCACCAGUUCGUUGGAAAUCUUAUCUCGCUUGCUCUGUUGAGAGAUGGAACAGGGGGUAGUACCAGAGGCACUACUAUCCUUUUCAUUGUGUUCCUUUGCAGUAUGACCUUAGGUACCAUACUCAUGUGCUUCUUACAUAAGAAGGAUGGUAAGGGUGAGGAGGGACGAUCCAGUUCUUCUGUCAGUUUCUAUUCUUCCGUGGUUUAUCUGUCAAAGUCUGUCAUCACUCCAUUGUUUGAUGUACGAAUGCUUUUGAUCAUCCCCCUUAUUGCAUAUUCAGGCUUACAACAAGCAUUUGUGUGGGCUGAAUUCACCAAGGAUGUUGUUAAACCUGCCCUUGGCAUGUCUGGUGUGGGUGGUGCAAUGGCAGUGUAUGGGGCUUCUGAUGCAAUAUGUUCACUGGUUGCUGGCCGACUUACUUCUGGUCUCAAGUCAGUCACUUUCAUAGUUUCUGGCGGUGCUUUUGUUCAAGCUAUUGUACUGCUCUGGCUUCUGCUUUUUUACAGCACAAGCAGUGGAGUUCUUAGUGUAAUAUAUCCACUUCUCAUGGCGACCAUAUUGGGCAUUGGUGAUGGAGUAUUCAAUACGCAGCUCAAUGCUUUAAUUGCAAUGCUCUUCAAGAAUGAUACGGAAGGAGCAUUUGCACAACUCAAGCUUUGGCAGAGUGCCUCAAUAGCAGUUGUGUUUUUUAUUAGCCCGUACAUCUCAUUGCAGGCGAUGGUGGUGGUUAUGCUUGCCGCUCUGUUCGUUGCAGUGGUUGCAUUUCUGUUCCUAACUCUCAAGGUAGAGAGUGCGCUCUCCUCUAGCGCUUCUUGAUAUUUAGGAAGCAGGAAUGUAAUAAAUUUUGCUUCCAAGGCAAAUAUUAUUCAUGUCUUUGUGUGCUCAUAGCCUGUCGUAUGUAUCACUGCAUAUUCUUUGUAAAAAGAACUGUGCCAAGUCAGCUUGUAUAUCAUUUUUUUCAGAGUUUCUCCCUCAUUAGCUUCGCUCCCAUUCAAUUCAGGAUUGAGAUUGUCAAUUAAAUCCGUCAAUAUAAUACAAAUGUAUGUUUUUUAAUACAAAUAAAUCCGUCAAUAUAAUUAUGGUUGUA